UUUUUCAAUAUCAUGGCGGAAGACGAGGAUGGUGUUUCGAAUAAAAAAUCGCCUGAAAAUUCAAAUAAUGCAGGACCUUCUCAAGACAAUGAACAGAACACGACAAAGCCAGAUCUAGGAAUUGAAGAAGCCAAGUAUAAUAGCAACGAAAAUGGUGAUACAUCGCCAACAGAGACGCAAAGUUCAAGCAAGUCCACAGGGGCAACGCGCAAAGAGGAGAAUCCGUUCUCAUUUCGGCAUUUCCUGAAACGAGAUCUGUCGCUACCGGGCAACUCGACGUACGAAAACACGGGCGCCCGACCAAAGGUUUACGCGAACACAGUGCAGCAUUCACCGACAAAGGUGGAAGUUCACUCCGAAUCGCGACGCGAGAAGAGCCGCCCAGACACACAAGCCAAAGAAAAAAGCGAUGCCGGUCAUCGUAUUAGUGAUAUUGAUCGUUUUAGUGUAGUGGACAAUUCAGAGUCUAAGCAUAACUUUUACUCAGACAGUUCCGACUCGUUUUAUCAUCGACCGAAUCUGGCUUCGGAGCCUCUCGGUAUGCCGUCGCUACCCGAUUUUGUGCAGGACCACAUUUUGGUGGAGCAAGCAUACUUGAACUCUAACGGACCAAUAUCAGUUGACUUGGAUAAUUUACCAGACUUUACAUUUAAUACAAGUUUUAACGCUGGUUCUUCCUCAUCAUUAGGGAGGAGGAAUAAUAGUAAUAGGAGUUAUGACUAUGAAUCUUAUAUGGGAGCUGCAUCUUCAUCAAAUGAGUCGGGUCCGUCCCGGGUGGUGCCCUUGGACCUGCCGGCAGGUGCCGAGGCCGCUGGGUCCUUACCAUUGGACCUGCCCCCCCACCUGAGUCUGGACCUCACAGAGAGUGUAAACCCUGCAGAUAGGAGGAACAAUUCUCCAAGAAAUACCUUUCCACUUGACCUGCCUCCGAAUGCUGGUGCAGAGUCGAUGCGUUUACCGGAUUUCCUGCCGGUGCACCCGGGGCGCACGUCCCCGGAGCCCGAGCAUCAGGACGAGCAGAUGAGGCAGAUCUGCGAGGAGCUCGAGAGGACUAGGGCGGAAUUGUUUUCGGAGCGAAGUCGUCGGUCGCGGCUGGAGCGAGAGCUUAUAGCGGCUCGGGACGACGCGGCCGCAGCUAGGAUGCAGGCGGAGACGGCAAACCGUGCGGCCGCGGAGACGAGGCGGAGCGAGGCGCGCUCGUUCGCGCAGCAACUGGACGCCGCCGCCAGCCGCGUGGAGAGCAACCUUAGCGAUACUGCCGUAAGCAACCUUAACGAUACUGCCAAUAGAGCCACCGAUGCAGAGGCGACGGUCGUUAAAUUGAAGAAUCAAAUAAAAAAAUUAAAGGAGGAACUAUCGUCAUCUCAAGAGGAGGUCCGCGCGCUGCGAAGCUCCCAGCGCUGCGCCGCCGCCCGCCUGCGGCACGCCGCCGGCGUCGCGGACACCUCGCUCAGAGACUUACUAGCCGGCUUGGAACAAUUACGCGGCCUGAGCGACAGUCUGGAGCAAACAUGACGAGAGUUCGAAUAACCUCAACGUGGGAGUGACGAAUGAAUGUGCGCUGUAUUAUUUUGCUGGAUCUUUAACAUAAAAACAAAAUAAAUGCAUAUAAUCAUCACGUUUCUAUAGAAAGAGCUAAGAAUUUUGAAACAACUGAAAGGUUUUGUUCGGUUUUUAUUUGCUUGAAAUUGUCUUGUUACAUUAUAAUUUCAAUAAUAAUGUAACGUGAUAAUUGAUGACAGUGGAAAUACAUAUAAGCCUUCGUUUAUUUAUGUUAAUUAAAAUGAAUUUAUUCAAAAAACACCAUUAUAAAAAAUAUUAAACAAGUUUAAAAGUAUAUGGGUAGGAUGGUGUUUCCGAAAAUGUACCCCUUUAGUAUACUUGUUCUUCCUCCUGGUUCUGCCCCGGUUGCAUCCUCACCACUCAAGUCCAUGGUGUGAUAUUAACCACGAUUCUGGAUUCAGGCGAGUCAGGUUUUUACAAGAAGCGGCACUCAUCUGACCUCCGCAACAAUCACCUGAAUGUACAGGUUUCUUCACGAUCUUUCUCUUGGAAGUUGGGUGAAACUAUUUUUAUCAGGAAUGCGAGUGAUCCAGUAAUUACUGAUCUUACUUAAUUAAGAGGAUAAAUAUCAUUAUUUCCAUAUUUAUCUACGAUCGAAGAAUAUAUAUAUAUAUAUAUAAUUUUGUAUAUAAAAGUGUCUUUAUUUCUUACGAAAUGAGAUAGACUAUUGCGUAAAUAAUUUUAAGCUGAAGAUAGAGAAAUAAAUACUUAUUAUUUACGGGACACGUUGGGUUACAGACUGGGCUAGCCCCAAAGUAAGUUUGAGACUUGAGUUAUAAGAGUACUUUAUGUCCGUUUUCACCAACGAGUCUCUAACUAACCACUAACUGUUACUUAAGCUCCUCAUAAAAUCUAUUAAUUAUCACACAUAACAAAAUAGAAUGUAGUACAUAAAUAAAUAAAUAAUAAAAAAUAGUAGAAUCAGAACUGGCUUGUAUGCCACAGGUUGUGUUUACACAAAAAACUAAUAGGAAAAGUGAACAUAUAUUUACUUAACUUUAUUUACACCAGGCUAGAUGUUUCCUAUAUAGGAUUCAUUAGUUAAGUUUUGUAAAAAGAUUUAUCUUUCAAAAUGACAAAUAAUGUUCAAAACAGAGUUUAAGGGCUUACGUAUGUUGUUAAGACUUAAGCAGUGGUGAAAAUGAUUUUUUACACCCUAAAUGAUACCUAAGUGACACUUAAAAACUUAAGAAUCUUUGGUGAAAACGGCCAUAACUAAAGGAUACUUUAAAAUUUAAAUUUAUGCGACUUAACUAUAUCGUUAAUUUAUCGUCUAAAUGAAAUGAAUCCUCUAUUUUUAAAUCUAAACCAAUAAUUUAAUUUUGUGUGUAAAAUAAUUCACAGACCAAAUAUCAUCACAUUUCUUUUUAUUACUUUCCUGAAUUUGUCUUUGUUUGGAUUGAGGUUUUUUGUUUCUGUAAAUAACGUGAUAAUUUUAUUUUCGGUUUAGAUGUAAAAUUAUACAGGGUGUACCAAAAUUAUUUAAAAGGUCAUUACAUAUCGACGCAACGAAUGAUGAAUUAUAUUGUUCUUAUAAAAAGAACAAUAUAAUUUUACUUUGUCCAAUUAAUUUUUACAAUUUAAGUAAUUUUAAAUAUUUAUCAUUAUUUUUACUGAUAUGAAUUUAAAUUUCUGAAAGUGUUCUAGUUCUAAUUCGUGCGUAGCCCGUUGUAUUGACAAUUUUUAAAUAUAAAUGGACCUUAUGUAAUUCAGUUUUGUUACAUCCUGUACUUUGCGAGGUAACUGUGUAUAUAAUAAAUAUAAUAUGUAUACCUCAUGUAUGCUGCGCUUGCGCCUACAAUUUUCUACUUUAAUCUUGUUUAUGGUUUAAGAGUCUACUGAGUUAACGCUCAAGUUUUCAUACAAUUUUUUUAUAAUCUUUUACCUGGCUUUAGUCCCGGUUGUAUCCUCACCGCUCUGAAAAGGAGCCCGGGGUAUGCCUUUGACCCUGAAUAGAGUGAGUCAGGUUUUUACUCGAAGCGACUCCCAUCUGACCUACGCAACCUUUGCAGGUAAACCUAACCCGUAUUGGAUCGUGCAAAGUUACGUAUCCAGUUGUCUGAAUGUGCAGGUUUCCUCACGAUGUUUUUCCUCACCGUAAGAGCAUCGGCUAUUAUUCAAACGAAUGUAAAUAACUUUAAAAAUAGUUUGUUUGUAAACUCUUUAUUGCACAUACAAAAAUAAAUAAAACAAAUUACAAAACAGUUAUUGGAUUUAGAAGAAUAUGUACAAUGGCGGACUUAUCCCCAAUGGGAUUUCUUCCAGUCAACCAAAUAGUCAUUGUUGCAUGGCCGAGUUGGGAUUUGAACCUGUGCCUUUUAACCCUACCGAUUCGACCACCGACGACGCUUUAAUCAAAAUUCUAAAAAUAUAAGUAGACAAUUUUUUUUAAGCUGUAACCAAUUCAUAAUUUUGGUAACCGUAAAUCUAAUGUACUCGUAAUUCCUAAUAAAAACGAAAUUAUUAUCUAUGAAAACUUGAGCGUCCAGGAGUUGGUAUAGCUCGCUACAAGUUAUCUAAGUAGCUCUUUUUUUAUUUGAAUUCGUGUAUAGUUUUGAUAUCGUCAUUACUUUCGAUUUUUAACCGACUUCAAAAAAUGAGGAGGUUCUCAAUUCGACCGUAUGUUUCUUACCCUUGUGUGUAAUACGUCGAUGUUGGCGCUGAAGUAUAUUUUUGUAUGUAUUACUAAAUAAAAAAAUUUACUUUACAAAAUGAACUAUUUCUUGUUGAAUUACAAACAAAUUGUUUAUUUGUCGAUUCUUCCCACUUUUAUUCCAAUGGCGCGCUUAUUUGUGUACGUAGCAUAAGGCAGAAAUUGUCGAUAAUUAUAAUAAUAUAAAUGAUGUAAUUAUGAUGAAUGUAAUAAAUGGUAAAUGUUAUAUUACGUCUCAAUUUUUGUGUGAACGGCUUAAUGCGUCAAUAUAUAUUUAUAUCAAUGAUACUGAUCGAUAGAGCAAAGUAGAAAAAAUUGGUGUCAUAUGUCGCCCAAUAAUUUACUUUCACAUAUUGUUUUAUCAUUACAUACAUACAUACAAUCACGUCUAUAUCCCUUGUGGGGUAGACAGGGCCAACAGUCCUGAAAAGACCGAAUGGCCACGUUCAGCUAUCUGGCUAAAUGAUAGAAUUGAGAUUUUAUCAUUAAAUAUAUAAUAUAUUCGUAAUUAUUUAUGUGUUCAGAGCCGGACUAAAGUGGUUUUGGUGUGACUCCCGAUCCUUAAAUAAGAAUGUGUAAAUAAAGCUGGCAUUUAUAAUUUAUUUGGGGAUUAAUUUCACCCUGAAAAUAAAUAAUAGGGACCCCUUUAUUGUCCUCGCGACUCCUGGGGUAGUCUGAAUUUGGCCCUGGUUCGUACAUAUCGUCACAAUUAAAAAAAAAAACAAUGGUGUGUUCGACUGGAAUGGUAGGAACCAUUAUGUAACUUUUCUUGACGUUCAGAAAUUUUCUUUAUAAUUGGCGAUGAAACAGUUUUUCAAGGAAGCAAAAUGAAAGUCUUAUGAAAAUAACUGUCUGCCACGCAACCACGACCAGGUUUUAUGUGACUCCAUAGGCAUUUAUGAGCGAGAUAGUAAUGGAAACUCGAUAUGAUCCUAAGUUCGUAACAAGCUGGUUAAAAUAUAUGCCGAAGUUAGGCGUUGCUCGUUGAAAUUACCUGACCUUACCACUCUUUGUUCGUGGUUAUAACAGCACGAUGAAACUCUGUGACUUUCUAUAUUAAAUCGGAAUAUAACGUUAUAUUGUCAAGACUAUGUCACACUCCUUGGUUGAGUUAUUACAUCUCUUAAGAGACGGGGUUAUUUGACAAACACGGAUCUUAAAAUAAUCUUAUUAUAAUUAUCCCCGUUUUUAUUGGAUAGAGCCUUUUAAUUCUAUGUGUAUGUAAAUAGAGCUUACAAUGGUAUCACAAGCUUAAAAAGCAACUUGUUGUAGGAAUAGUGUGUUGUUUUGGAGAAAAAUGGGAAGGGAUCAAUUUGUGAAAGGAACGUAUUGGAUAUUGAAAAGUUCUCCUUUUUGUUGUAGUUGAAAUUACAAUGUUUAGAUUUGUUUCAUUGAGUCGACUUUACAUUAUAUAUUUCAUGACAAUUUUAACCUGUUAAAUCUGUGACAAAAUAAAAAAAAAUACUUAAAAUUAUUAUGAUACAAAGAGUUAUAUAUAAUUCUUCUACUUAAACUGUUGUGGCCAACAAUAUUAUUAUGUAAGUGAAUAAUCAUUUCAUUUACGAUAUACGCGUCUUUCAAUAUAGUUUUCUCAUUUUGCUGUUACAAUGUUUGUUUGUAAAGUCCUUAUUGCACAAAAAAAUAUACAAAUAAAAAAAAAGUAAUUAUGUACAAUGACGGGCUUAUUCCAAUAUUUUACUUCCAGUUAACCAAAAUGUUUGUCGCAGUGUAAUUAAAUUGACAUUAAAAAACAUUGACAUUUGCACGCAGUCAGUGUAUCACAUGACUAUCGCAGUAAUCCGUAUGGCGAACAAAAAUUAAAACGCUUUGUCAUCGUCGGGUAAAAAUGGUUUUAUAUUUGUAAAGGCUUUAUUGAAGUGAUUUUUCUUUUUCAAAUAUACUAUAACAACUUGAAUUACUAUGGGAAUCUCGAGUUUAUUAUGAAACAUGUUUUUGUCUUGAAAGUUUGAGUACCGAUGCCGCAUUCACUUACCACAUUUGAGACGAGAUAUUAUUGUUCAAUUUCAAUCACACAGUCUUGUUACAAAAAUAACUUUCUGAACUAAGUAAAACUUGCAGCCAAUAAAGUUGUAUUCACUUUUCCGUAAUUGAAAAAAGGUUACAACAUUUUAUGCUUGAUCUGAAUUGAACCUUACUUUGGUCUCAAUAUGCGAUGCUAUGUAUCAUAUUAAUAUCAUACUAAUGAAAUCAUACUAGGUACUAUAGAAAAAAAUUAACUUAAAUUGGGUAAUGCACAAUAACAUUACGAAAUUUCAAUCCUUUUGCAAUUUGAAAUUUGAGUGCGAUGCGGUAUCUACCUCAAAUCUGGUCUAUGGUAUAUGGAAAUAAGGAAUGCAAUUUAUUUUACAUACAUGUAUGAUAUGAAGAUACGUAACUUAUAAGUGUAUGAUGAAAUAAAUACAUUUAUUAUAAGCAAGUCUUUU